GGUGGCUAUUAUUGAAUUUUCAACAGCAAGGCAGCAGUAAAAAACCUUAUAAAGAUUUUGUAAAACAAUCAAAAACCCAAGGCAUUUCCUCCAGAAGAUAAGUACUGGAGAAAAGGCCACAUAAACUAUGCGCCGUUACUUACUUAUGCUCUGCUUAUGCCUCGCUCUAACAACAUUGGCACAGAGCGCGGCAGUAAGCAGAGAGACAAACCAAUUGCGGGAAGAUGACGAUGACGGAAUUAGUGUAGAGGUGAUAAAUGACGAGAAAGCUGACGAAGCUAUGGCGGAAACUCACGACUCUCACACGGACUCGUCCGAAGACGAUUCAAGCGCUUCCAAAGAUAAGUCGGAAAGCGAUGAAAAAAAUGAGUCGGAGAGCCACGAAGACGAUUCAGAUAGUCAAAAAGAUGAAUCGGAAAAAGACGAAGAUGAGUCAGAAAAGAAGGAAGUUGAGUCGGACACUUCCGAAGAUGAUGAUUCGGAAAAAAACGAAGAACACAUAGUUAAAAGCGAGAACAAGGAUGCGAAAAAGCGAUGGUAUGGCUGGGGCCACGGCUAUGGGGAUCCAGCCUAUGGACCUGGGUUCCCAACUGGUUUUGGUCUAUUCGGACCAACGCUAGGAAUGGGGUCCUACGGAAUUGGUCCAAUCUGGGGUCAUGAUGGCUUUCCAUAUUAUAAAUCCAAAGUUCCCGCGGGCAAAGGGUCUAAAAAAGCUAGUCCUAAGCAUGGUAUCUUUUACGGAGGAUAUGGGGGCUAUCUGCCGGCCUGGGGUGGUCUCCCAUGGGCGAAUAGAUUACCCUACGGAAUUAUCCCCUGGAACUCUGGGUGGGGGCCUCACGUCCCGGGAUGGUUUUAUCGUAAUAAUGUACCAAAGGAGGGAAAAACCAAGGGUUCGGCUAACAAAAGAUCUCUUUGGGGAAUGCCUUUGAGUGACUCACCAGGCACAUACCCUGGUUGGCUGCCAACCAACUAUGGUGCUGGUGCCGGUGCAGGUUGGCCUGGCUGGGGUGGGUUCUGGGCGCGAAAUCAGAUCCCGGGAAGCACCAAGAGAUGGUACAUCCCCGUUGGUGUUGGUUAUGGUCACGGGUUCGGUCUGGUGUUCCCAGGCUACCCGUUCAGUUCACCGCUUAAAGGAUGGGAUUUAGGUAGGCCGAAUCAAGGAGAGCAGAUGGCUUUGGCAUCGAAUCGGGUUAUGAAUGCUCCAUUGAAACGAGCGGAUGUCAGCAAACGCUUCUUUGGGCUAGGUUUUGGAGGAGGAUUAGGUUAUGGUUUUCCAGGUCUCUUGGGCGUUGGUUUGGGAUACGGUAUGGGCUCAUGCUGGCAUGGUCAGUGCGGGGGUCCAUACGCACCACUGAGUCUCGGUAACUGGGCUAACGGUUUGGGAUGUGGUGGUUGCACAUGGGCUUACAAGAACAAAAUUGAUAAGAACGGGAAAACUAAACGAAAUCUGGUGUUUGUUUGUAAGAAAGACAAGGACGGAAAGAAAGCGAAACGAUGUUUCGGUAAUUGGCCUGGCUACGGUGGGUGGGGAGGAUAUGGUGGGUUUGGAGGCCUUGGACUAUUGGGAGGCUUCGGGGGUCUCAAUGGGUAUGGAGGAUGGGGAUUCAACUCCUUACACGAUGGCUUUGGAGGGUUUAGCCAUGGUGGGUACCCUGAUUUCUCAACCCUUGGAGGACUAGGCUGUGGAGGGUGCGGUUUUGCAUACAAGUCCAAAAUCGAUAAAGACGGGAAGACUAAACGUGAGUUGGUUUAUGCAUGCGACAAAAAUAAGAAAAAUAAGAAGCGAUGUUUUGGUCUGUGGGGUUCACCCUUAGGAUUUGGUGGAUAUGGAUUAGGUGGCUACGGAUUAGGAGGAUACGGAUUAGGUGGCUUUGGAGGUUGGGGCGCUGGUUUGGGACAUGGAUUGUAUGGUGAUGGCUUAUUCGGAUACGGUGGUUACGGGUUGGGUUGUGGUGGAUGUGGUUAUGCCUAUAAGUCUAAAAUUGGCAAGGACGGAAAAACAAAACGCGAGUUGGUUUAUGCAUGCGACAAAAAUAAAAAAAAUAAGAAGCGAUGUUUCGGUCUAUGGGGCUCACCCUUAGGAUUUGGUGGAUAUGGAUUAGGUGGCUACGGAUUAGGUGGCUUUGGAUUAGGUAGUUAUGGCUUAGGAGGUUGGGGCCAUGGUUUGGGUUUGGGCUUAGGACAUGGAUUGUACGGUGAUGGAUUCGGUUAUGGCGGUUACGGGUUAGGUUGUGGUGGAUGUGGUUAUGCCUAUAAGUCUAAAAUCGGCAAAGAUGGAAAAACAAAACGUGAGUUGGUUUAUGCAUGUGACAAAAAUAAAAAAAAUAAGAAACGAUGUUUCGGUCUGUGGGGUUCCCCAUUAGGAUUUGGUGGAUAUGGAUUAGGUGGCUACGGAUUAGGUGGCUUUGGAUUAGGUGGUUAUGGCUUAGGAGGUUGGGGCCAUGGUUUGGGUUUGGGCUUAGGACAUGGAUUGUACGGUGAUGGAUUCGGAUAUGGUGGUUACGGGUUAGGUUGUGGUGGAUGUGGUUAUGCCUAUAAGUCUAAAAUCGGCAAAGAUGGAAAAACAAAACGUGAGUUGGUUUAUGCAUGCGACAAAAAUAAAAAAAAUAAGAAACGAUGUUUCGGUCUAUGGGGCUCACCCUUAGGAUUUGGUGGAUAUGGAUUAGGUGGCUACGGAUUAGGUGGCUUUGGAUUAGGUGGUUAUGGCUUAGGAGGUUGGGGCCAUGGUUUGGGUUUGGGCUUAGGACAUGGAUUGUACGGUGAUGGAUUCGGAUAUGGUGGUUACGGGUUAGGUUGUGGUGGAUGUGGUUAUGCCUAUAAGUCUAAAAUCGGCAAGGACGGAAAGACAAAACGAGAACUUGUUUUCGCGUGUGAUAAGAAUAAGAAGAAAAACGCAAAGCGAUGUUUCGGGGGAUUUGGAUGGGGAGGAUACCCUGGCUUUGGUGGUUGGGGUGGACUAGGUUGGGGUGGCCUAGGUGGUUGGGGCGGCUUGGGAGGCCUUGGUCAUCCUGGCCUCUACCAUGAAGCAAUUUUCGCCCACGGCGCACACGCGGGCUUGGGGUGCGGGGGAUGUGGUUGGGCGUAUAAAUCUAAGGUUGGAAAAGAUGGGAAAUCGAAAAGGCAACUAGUUUAUGCUUGCGACAAGAAUAAAGAUAAUGCCAAGCGAUGCUAUGGUCUUUGGGGGGGUUACGGUGUCCCAGUAGGUUUGGGCGGCUUCGGGGGCUAUGGUUUAGGGGGGUAUGGCUUAGGUGGUUGGGGGUUAGGUCACGGUUUGUUUGGAGAUGCUCUUGGCUUGGGCAACGGCUUCGGCUAUGGCUUGGGCGGCCUGGGUUGCGGUGGUUGUGGUUGGGCUUACAAAUCAAAGAUCGACAAAGACGGCAAAACUAAACGUGAUCUAGUUUACGCUUGUGAUAAGAAUAAAAAGAACCAUAAGCGAUGUUUCGGUGGAUUUGGUCUGGGAGGUUUCGGCGGUCUUGGAUUCGGGCACGGUCAUGGCUGGGGAGUAGCGAGUCACGGGUAUGACGUCGGUUAUCCUUACUUUGGAUACGGCUGCCUUGGAUGCGGGUUUGGGGGAUGUGGCGGAGGGUGCGGUGGAUUUGGAGGUUUCGGUGGUUUUGGAGGAUGCGGGGCGUAUUAUAGAUCGAAAGUCGACAAAAAUGGUAAAACUAAAAGAGAAGUAGUUUACGGAUGCCCCAAGGGAGAGAAAGGAGCCAAUGCUAAUAAGAGGUUUGUAAGCCCAUUUGCUAUUGGCGGUUACGGUGCCUGGCCGUAUGGUGGGAUGUCACAUCAUGGUUUCUAUGAUUAUGGGUCUGCCCCGCUUGCAAGAACAGCGAUGAGCUUCGGGCCUGGAAGAGGUAUAGGCGUUGAUUGCAGUGGAUGUGGUUGGGCUGUUAAAUCAACCAUUACUAAAGACGGAAAAACCAAAAGAAAUAUGGUGUACAAGUGUGACAAGAAGGCGGCAAAGAAGCAUGGGUGUUUUGCUGACUUACACGCAUUCUGGGAUGGGCUUCACCACUGGGGAUGGGGUGGUCUAGGACAUGGAGGAUUCGGAUAUGGUGGAUGUGGGCUAGGUGGAGGAUGUGGAUUUGGAGGCUGUGGCCUCGGUGGUUGUGGACUUGGAGGUUUUGGAUCAGGAUGCUUGGGAGGAGGUUGUGGAUUCGGUGGUGGAUGUGGUUUUGGAGGAGGAUGUGGAUUCGGCGGGGGGUGUGGUGGUUUUGGUGGUUGUUGUCUGGUUGUUAUAGAUCAAAGGUCACAAAGGGAGGUAAAGCCUCCAAGCGUAAUCUUCCUUGCGAGUCCCAUAACCCGUGCACCAUUUGCAGGUCUGCGUAACCGGUUUAAUGCCGGUUUUGGGCCGUUUGCCCGUGGACCAUGGUGGGGAGGUUAUGCAGUAGGGUUGUACCCAGGUCUUGGACCUUACAGUUUCGGAGUUGUGAGUAAAUCGAAGGUUGCAAAGGGCAAAGCAUCCAAAAAAUGUGGAAUUGGAGGUUGUGGUGCUGGUGGGUUAGGCCUUGGUUGGGGUGGUUACCAAGGACCAUCUGGCACAGAAUGGGGUUAUCCGGGAUCUGGUUUUGGGACCUACCCUCCCCGUUUCCCCUGGAUGAAGGCAUUCCCUUGGGCGAGGUCUAAGAUCAAUAAAGAUGAAAAGGGAGAUAAGCGGGGGGAUAUCCCAACUAAAAAGCAAACCAUACAUUUAGGUUAUGGUUAUGCUAGUGGUGAUAACUAUAGGCUAGGCCUUGGAUUUGGGGGCAUGGGUGGAUUAGACCCCUUUCAAACAUUAGGACCUCAUGUGGGUAAUGUACCAGGGGGACCAGAAGCCCAGCAUGUGUUCGGCAGAUCCCAUGUCCCGAGGCAAGUAAUUGGCUUCCCAGGCAAUGCCCACGGUCAUUUUGGAGCUCAUUUUGGAGGUCAUGGCAUUGGCCCCGGUUAUCCAGGACCUGGCAGUCACCCUGUCACACAUCCCGGAUUCUCUACAAUGGGAUACCCAGGUCAUGCUAUUGCAACCCUUGACAUUAAGAAGGGUAAAGUUCCUGCAGAUGACAAAGCAUCCAAGAGACAACUACAUGGAAGCCUUGUUGGCCAUCCUGGUGGACUUCUGGCUCAUGGUCCUGGAGGAGCAUUGCCUGGCCAUGGGCUGGUGGGUGCUGGACCUUUAGGGCAUGGUCCCGGAUUGUUGGGACAUGGCCCAGGAUUGCUAGGUGCUCAUGCCGGACCUCUUGGUGGACAUGGUCACUUCCCAGGACACCCAGUCACACAUCCUGGGUUUUCUACAUUAGGAUACCCUGGUCAAGCCAUGGCUACACUAGAUAUCAAAAACAAAAUUCCAAAGAAGAAUAGUCGUCCAAAACGUCAAGCAAUAAUAGGGGCACCAGUUCCACACUUCAUGGCCGGCAUCCCAGGACAAGCAAUGCGUGCUCCUGUCCUGGCAGGUUUUGCCCCUGCAAUCGCCCCAGCUCCUCUGGCAGCUGCCCCAAUUGCAAUGUCUAACCCUCUUGUACCAUCCUUGGUCCAUCAACCUGUGGCAAUCCCUGCUACAAUGCCACAAAUUGUGCCAAUCUCAGCAGCUGGACAACCUUUAACUGCGCAACAACUGACUAUACCUAUCGAACAUGCUGGAGCUCCAGUUUUCCCAAUGGGAAAGUGAAGUAAAAUCAUAUAGACGUUGUUGAAACUGGAAUAAAAAAAUCGAACUAAAACAUUUUGUAUAUGAAAUCAUAUGUAGAUACGUAACUAUCGCGUUGCACUGUAGUAAUGAAAGUAUAGCGCGGGAUAGCCAAGUAGGUUCACAAGGCCAACUGAUUAAUGUGAAAAUUAGGACUGUUAAAAAUUAACUGUGAAUACUUGGACUUGGUUGUAUAAUUUUAUGUAUUUUUUCAUUUGGCUUUACAAAACUGAAGAAAAAUAUUAAAAUGAAAUUGGAAAUUGA